AUGGUCAUAGUCGAAGAAGAAGAGCAGUCUCGGGUAAUGGAAGCUACGAAUGGGAAGGAAGAACCUCAAGAAGGAGAUUACAAGGUCGCCCAACAAGACGACAUUGAUCUGCAAAAAGACAAAGAUAGAUUUGAGCUCAAAGUGCAGAUUAUCUUGCAAGAAAUACACGAAGACUUCUAUGGAGACCAUGCUGGGGAAAAACCUAGCUCUGAUGGUAUUGAGACAGGACUCGAUCUUGUACACUUGAUAGAGAAGGAAGAUGCGGAGAGGUCCAAGAGGGAGAGGAAGGAGUUCGAGGAGAGGGAGAAGGCCUGGCUCGAGGCCAUGGAGAUGAAAAGGAAGAAGAUGGAAGAAGAAGAAGAAGAAUAUGGGGAACAACGAAAGAAGGCACUGGACAAAGAAUCUCGGAAACAGCAAUUGGAAAUUGCUGGAUGCUCAACAUACAUGGGUGAACAAGAGUAUGAAUCUACGAUAUUAGAGUUGAAGGCAGUGGCUGCGUCGUCUGGUUUGGAGAUCUUUAUGAUAUUCGACAAUUUCCUUCCAGUGGACAAGAUCUAUUUGUUCGACUGUCAAAGAGUGAAAGAACUUAAUUAUCUUGUACUCAAAUGCCUAGCAGAACGCACCCUUGCUGAUCGAUAUCAGGUUAUGAUGUCAGGAGGUGAUGGUUACGAUUCAAGGAGUAAGUCUCUGUUGCUUUUAGCGGUUAUGAUUUUCAGAUUGGAUGCGUAUGAUUUACCUAUAGCUAUGGAAAGGGGAGUUUGCGUAAUCACAAACAUGGGUGCAAUGGAUCCAUCUGGUGCGCAGGAAAAAGUUGUAGAAAUAGCUAGCAGCCUGGGACUGAAUGUAUCUGUUGGUGUUGCUUAUGAGGUUUCUGUUGGCAAAGCAAGUUCGAGAUCACCUCAUGAGAAAUCACAUAGCAUGGAAGGUGGUAUUAGCACAUAUCUUGGAGCAGCUCCCAUUGUUGAAUGUUUGGAAAAGCACCAACCUAAUGUAGUAAUAGCUUAUCGUGUUGCAGAUGCUGCCUUAUUUUUGGCGCCAAUGAUAUAUGAACUGGGUUGGAACUGGGACAAUUUAGAACUUCUAGCACAGGGGUCUCUGGCUGGCCAUCUUCGGGAGUGUGGUUGUCAACUUACUGGGAGAUACUUCAUGCAUCCAGGUGACAAAUAUCGGGACAUGUCUAUGUCUCAGCUCCUUGAUUUGUCACAUCCUUAUGCUGAAAUAAGUUCUGAUGGAAGAGUAUGCGUAGCAAAGGCAGAACAUAGUGGUGGGGUCUUAAAUUUAAGUACUUGUGCUCAAAAACUUCUAUACGAAAUUGGGGACCCCAGUAGCUAUGUCACCCCUGAUGUGAUUAUUGAUCUUCAGAAUGUUUCAUUCUCUCCCUUGUUAAGUUGCAAGGUUCUUUGUGUUGGAGCAAAAUCCUCUGCUGGUUCGAUCCCUAAAAAACUUCUGCAAUUGAUUCCAAAGGACUGUGGUUGGGAAGGAUGGGGUGAGAUAUCUUAUGGAGGAUAUGAAUGUGUUAAACGUGCAAAGACUACAAAAUUCCUGGUCAGAUCAUGGUUGGAAGAAAUAUUGCCUGGCAUCAACAGUUCUGUAUUUUCUUAUAUAAUUGGCGUCGAUAGUCUGAAAGCAACUAGCAUUGGUGAUGACGCUUCAUCUUCAGCCGCUAGUAAUGAUGUAAGGUUGCGUAUGGAUGGAUUAUUUGAGCUGAAAGAACAUGGAGUCCAAUUUACUAGAGACGUUACAACAUUAUAUACCAAUGGACCAGCUGGUGGUGGUGGUAUCAGUGUUGGACACAAGAGAGAGGUCAUUCUUGAAAAACAACUGCUCAAUCGGGAACAUGUUGCUUGGAAGACAUCCAUAAAGAGCACUGUAACAAAAUCAAAUCCUCCAAGAAUUAGCCAUGAAAACCUCAUUAAAACUCCAGUUUCUCAAGGAUCAGUAGAAGAUGUUUCAUUUUUUGAAAGUGACAUCUCUCCUGCGCACUGUAACUUGUGGGAUGAGUUUAAUUGA